AUGCAGACUAUUUACUUACUGUUUUCGAGCGUGUUCCUUGCCGGCGAUGCUGCACAUACACACUCUCCAAAGGGCGGGCAAGGUAUGAACGUGUCUAUCCAAGACACUUACAACCUAUUAUGGAAACUGGGAGAAGUUAUUACCAAUGGUGCUGACCCCAUUAUUCUGAAAACGUAUGAUUCCGAGCGACGCCCAGUUGCGAAGCAGCUGAUGACUCUGGAUUCCUGUCUUGUGCAAGCAUACGAGGGAGAGGAAAAUAUGUCAGGCGGAAUUUACGAAAUACGAGAUCAAUAUGCGGGUUUCAUGGCUGGCACCGAAAUAACAUAUCCUAAUAGCAUGUUAAUUGCUGGAGAAGCGGAAGCUGCUGUUCCUAAGCUUGCGAAAAACCUCAAACUGGGUAUGCGGCUACCUUCUUUCCCAGUGGUCUAUCAAUGUGAUGGAGUCCCUAUACACAUAACUCAUAUCCUUGUGAGUGACGGAGCAUGGCGGCUGCUGGUGUUUUCGGGUGAUCUACGCAAACUCGAGAGGUUGACAGCUUUGUCUCGUUUUGCGGAAAGCUUUAGCAGACGGCCUCAUCUAGCUCAUCGACAGCAGAAGAAACCCCAGAAAUGUCGCCCCACCAUGGAAUUACUUCUGAUACAAUCAAGCCCCAGAAGCGCCCUCAAUCUGCUAGAGCUUCCGGAGCUCUUCCACCCUUUUGAUGAUACGAUGGGCUGGGACUACUGGAAGACAUUUACCGACGAUCAGAAUCAAGCUUAUACAGGAUAUGGUAUUGAUGAGCGGGGGCCAGGGUGUCUGGUUCUUUGUCGACCUGAUCAGCAUGUGGCAUGGAUUGGCAGCCUGGAAGACACAGCUGGGUUGAAUAGUUACUUCGCGAGAUUGGCUGGGUCAUCGGGAUAG